CUUGGCAUCACUCAGUUCAUGGCUUUAGCCUGGGAUACUGGCACCACUGCUAACCCUAAUCCUUUUUAUUGGCAUGUAAAAGUAGAAGGAUUUGCAAAAAAUUAGUCUUCUCUAAGCAUCACAGGAAGCAUAUCCCUUCAUCAUGGGAGACUGGGAGUUUCUUGAAAGGCUUUUGGACCAAGUGCAGGAGCAUUCAACAGCCAUCGGCAAGAUAUGGCUCAUGGUACUUUUUAUCUUCCGAAUACUGAUACUAGGUCUGGCAGGGGAAUCAGUUUGGGGUGAUGAGCAGUCAGAUUUUACCUGUAAUACAGAACAGCCUGGCUGCACAAAUGUGUGCUAUGACAAGGCAUUCCCCAUCUCACAUGUCCGCUACUGGGUACUGCAGUUCCUCUUUGUGAGCACCCCUACCUUAUUCUACCUGGGACACGUUAUCUACCUUUCCAGAAAAGAGGAAAAGCUGAAACAAAAGGAGAAUGAGUUAAGGGCCCUGGAUGAGAAAGAUCAAGACGUGGACCAUGCCCUUGCUGUCAUAGAGAAAAAGCGACUAAAAAUAUGCAUUCAAGAAGAUGGGAGAGUAAAGAUCAGAGGAGCCCUGAUGUGCACCUACACUAUUAGUGUAAUCUUAAAGAGCAUCUUUGAAGCUGGCUUUCUUAUAGGCCAGUGGCAUCUCUAUGGUUUUGUGAUGCCUGCAAUCUAUGUGUGUCAGAGGGACCCAUGCCCUCAUAAGGUAGACUGCUUUGUGUCUCGACCCAUGGAGAAAACCAUAUUCAUCCUUUUCAUGCUUGUGGUAUCUCUCAUCUCUCUUUUACUUAACAUACUGGAACUCAUACAUCUGGUCUGUAAGAGUAUGCUACACACCAUAAAGAAGUACUCUCCCUACAUAUCCACCAACAGGUAUCCCAAGGAUGAAGAUAUAUACCCAGGGAAAUCGCCAGAAAAAUCUGUUACACCUUUCCAAGACAAGUCCUAUCUCUACCUUCCAUCAACAGAAAACAAUACAUACCCGCCAUACAAGAUGUCAAAUGAGCAGAAUUGGGCAAAUUAUAAAACUGAGAAUCACCUGAACAUGAGUGAUGCAAAUCAGACACACAUAGGACAUUACAACCACAGUGCCUUCACCCCUAUAUCUCCCGAACCAAAUCCUGCAUCCCAGAAGCAUCCUAGCAGGGCAAGUAGCUCUGCAUCCAAGAAACAGUAUGUUUAAAGCAUGUUUGGGGAUUGCUUGUUUAAUUUUCCUUCAACCUUGGUGUGAAAUACCAAGCUGGCAGACUGGCUUUAUGGCUGGGCAGUUCUAUACUUUCAAGUCACUUAAAGGCUUUGGUGGUUGAGACUGCAAAACAAAGAUAAGCUUUCUGCUUCCUGUGAGUUUAAAUAACAGGCUGUGCAAGAUGUGAAGAUUGUAGAAUAAUAGCAGCGCAAAAACAAUGAACAGCAAGACUGAUGACAAGUUAUUUAAAAGGGUUACAAACCUUGUAAUGCACCAAAUAAAACUGUUAUUUGGACUCAUUUAAGGUUUUACAAGAAUGUGUAGCUGGUUUAACUGUGAAAUCUGGAUUUCAAUCUAACACCUAUAACAUUGGUGCACUUUAGUACAAAAUGCUGUAUGGAAUAAUGACAUUUUUUUUAGUCCUAGCUGAGAAUCAUAUUGGUAUGGUUAUGUUGAAAGGUAGUACUGACAGGAUGCAUCUGUGACUCCACAAGGGUUUACUCUUUAAAUAAAUAAUGAACAAGUAAAAUGGUUGUUAUAUAUAGGGGAUAGCCUGAAUUUUUUGUGAUGACAAAAAAUAACUAGGUCAGUUGCAACGUGUUAGCUUCCUUACUAUAUUUAUUAAAUACUGUUAUUUUAAAAUGAAUAUAGUGAAAA